AUGCUCCACUUACAGGGUCCACAGAUGCUGCAGAUGCUAGAAAAAUACUUAAGGAAGAGCCUCCCUGAGUCCUUAAAGGUUUAUGGGACCGUCUUCCACAUGAACCAGGGAAACACUUUCAAGCUAAAGGCCCUGGUGGACAAGUGGCCUGAUUUUAAUACAGUGGUUAUCCGCCCUCAGGAGCAGGAGAUGACAGAUGACCUGGAUCACUACACCAAUACUUACCAAGUCUACUCCAAGGACCCUAAGAAAUGUCAGGAAUUCCUUGGUUUGCCAGAAGUCAUCAACUGGAAGCAACAUUUGCAGAUUCAAAGUUCACAGUCCAGCCUGGAUGAUGUGAUAAAAAAUCUGGCGGCUAUUAAAUUGGGCAAGGUGAAGCGAACACAGUGCUUUCUCUAUAUGGUCUCUGAGACAGCAAAGAAAUUGGCGACUUCCUUCCUGGAUGCAAAAAACGUAUCACCCAAUGGUGAUAAAUACAAGUCCAUCCAUCAAAAGGUGUUGAAACUCUCAUCCCUUGAUCCUACCCACGCUGCCUUGGUGAAUAAAUUCUGGAAUUUUGGUGGCAAUGAGAGGAGCCAGCAAUUCAUCGAGCGCUGUAUCCGGGCCUUCCCCACCUUCUGCCUGCUGGGGCCUGAGAGGACCCCUGUAUCCUGGGCCCUGAUGGACCAGACAGGAGAGAUGCGGAUGGCAGGCACCAUACCUGAGUACCGGGCCCAGGGCCUCAUCACCUACCUCAUCUAUGUCCAGAUUCAGGCUCUAGACAAACUUGGCUUCCCCAUGUAUUCCCAUGUAGAUAGGGCCAAUCACAUCAUGCAAAAACUGAACUUCAAACUGCAGACUAUCUCCGUGGACUCUGACUGGAACCAGUGGAACUUUGUGCCUCUGUGA